CAAUACUUUUCAUAACGACCAUGUCUGAAUCCCGUUUGCGUUUGCAUUUUCUCUUGCUAAUCUUGCUCUGUUAUAUCUCCCCUUCAACGAGCUUCUUCAGUUUCAAAUACGAUGAUAGUAGCUAUGUUGCUUGUCAUCCUAAUCAGACUCAAGCUCUUACUGAGUUCAUGAACGAGUUUGAUAGCAGCCACUGCAACCUCAGUGAUCCCGAUAAUGGAGUCUGGUGCGAUAAAUCGACCGGUGCGGUCACAAUGCUACGACUCCAGACCUGCCUCAGUGGAACGCUAAAGCCCAAUAGUAGCCUAUUCAGAUUACAACAUCUUCGUCACCUUGUCCUCGAUCAAAACAACUUCAUCUCGUCUUCACUUCCUUCUGAAUUUGGCAAUCUCAACAGGUUAGAGGUCUUAUUUCUUGGCAAUAAUAGCUUUGUAGGCCAAGUUCCUUCCUCAUUUAAUAACCUAAGCCUUCUUUCCUAUUUAUCUCUUUCCCAAAACGAGCUUACCGGUAGUUUCCCACUUGUAAGGAUUCUAACGAAGCUCUCGUUUUUAGACCUUUCUAAUAAUCAUUUCUCUGGAAUUCUGAAUCCCAAGAGUACUAGCCUGUUUGAGUUGCACCACCUCAGUUACCUUGAUCUAGGUGACAACAACUUCAAUACAUCACUCCCUUCUGAGUUUGGAAACCUCACCAAACUUGAGAUCUUGGAUCUUGCCUUUAAUGACUUUUUCGGGCUAGUUCCUCCCACAAUUAGUAACCUAACCUCGUUAACCGAAUUGUACCUUGAAGACAACCAGCUCACUGGUAGUUUUCCACUUGUGGAAAAUCUAACCAUGCUCUCUGUUCUAAAUCUUGAUGAUAACUACUUCUCUGGAACCAUUCCUUCUUCUGUAGUCAAUAUGCCUAUCUUAUCAGAUCUUGAUCUUAGUGGAAACGAUCUCAACGGAUCUAUUAAUUUUCCUAAUUCCUCUACUCCAUCUAGGCUCAAGUCCAUGUACCUUGGGCGCAACCAUUUUGAAGGAAAAAUCAUAGAGCCUAUCUCAAAGCUCAUCAACCUCAAGGUUCUUGACCUUUCUUUCCUUAACACAAGUUACCCAAUUGAUAUAAGCCUCUUUUCCUCGCUAAAAUCUUUGGUGCACCUUGAUCUUUCCGGUAAUAGCAUAUCUUCGGACAGUUUAGGUUCAAAGUCAGACAUCCCAACAGACUUGGAGAUCUUGCUCUUAUCAGACUGUGGCAUCACCGAGUUCCCAAAUGCCUUAAAGAACCUUGAGAAGUUGGAUUUUAUAGCAUUGUCCGACAAUAGAAUCAAAGGAAAAAUCCCCAAGUGGUUGUGGAACCUUCCUCAUCUAAACACAGUGUUUAUUUCAGAUAAUUUGUUUGAUGGUUUCGAAGGUCCAGUUGAUGUUUUAGUAAAUUCAUCGGUGAAGAAUUUAUCUAUGGAGAAAAACUAUUUUGAAGGAGCAAUUCCUAUUCUACCACUCUCUAUCAACGUUUUCUCUGCUUCAGACAACAGAUUCACAGGGAGCAUACCUCUUUCACUUUGCAAUUAUAGGUCUCUGACGCUCUUGUGGCUAUCUUACAACAACCUAACUGGUCCAAUUCCGCAAUGCUUGAGUCAAAGCUUGACGUUUGUGAAUCUUAGGAAGAACAACUUGGAAGGAAGUAUUCCUGACACGUUUUAUAUGGGUGCUUCCCUACGGUCUCUUGACGUUGGACACAAUCUACUCGCCGGGAAACUUCCAAGAUCUCUUCGAAAUUGCUCAUCUCUAGAGUUUCUAGUUGUUGACCACAACAAAAUCAAAGACAAGUUUCCUUUUUGGCUCAAGGCUUUACUGAAUUUGCAAGUCCUUAUCCUCAGUUCAAACAAGUUCUAUGGCUCUAUAUCUCCUCCUGAUCAAGGUCCUCUCGGGUUUCCAGAGCUGCAAAUAUUUGAGAUAUCUGAUAAUAAGUUUUCUGGAAGCUUGCCACCAACAUACUUUGUCAACUGGAAAGCAUCGCCAGCUACGAUGAAUGAAUAUGGUGGUCUAUAUAUGCAACACGGAGAAUUUAUACAUGGAGAAUUCAGCGCUGCCAUUAUGGAGAUUAUAGAUUUGCGAUACAAAGGUCUAUCAAUGGAGCGAGAGAUGAUCCUUAAUUCCUACGCAACCAUUGAUUUUUCAGGGAACAGAAUUGAAGGACAGAUUCCUGAAUCAAUUGGUCUCUUGAAAGCACUGUUUUCACUCAAUUUAUCCAACAACGCCUUCACAGGCCAUAUUCCUCUGUCUAUUUCCAAUCUGAGAGAGCUUGAGUCACUAGACCUAUCAAGCAACCACCUCUCAGGGACUAUUCCUAAUGGAAUCGAGAGCCUCUCUUUUUUGGAGUACAUAAAUGUGUCUCACAACCAGCUCAAGGGUGAAAUACCACAAGGAACACAGAUUACUGGUCAACCUAAAUCUUCAUUUGAAGGGAAUGCAGGCCUUUGUGGUCUUCCUCUCCAGGAAACUUGCUUUGGUACUAUUGCGCCACCGACACAACAACCUCCGAAAGAAGAAGAAGGAGAAGAUGAACAAGUGUUGAAUUGGAAAGGUGUGGCAAUAGGGUAUGUACUUGGAGUGUUUCUUGGAUUGGCAAUAGCACAACUCAUUGCUUCAUACAACCUGAGUGGCUCGUCAAGAUAAUUGGUCCAAACAAGCUUAGAAACCCUUAGGAUUGUUUCAGUUUGAGUGUAAUCUUUCAAUGUGUCUAGUGCUUGAGUACUCAUGUAUAGAAGUAUUUCCUUAUGUUUGUUGUAUCAUUGUCUGAUGCUUUGUUCUAUUUCCCUUUUUUAUAAAUCUUCUAAAGUAUCUUAUAUUGCUUGUCUUUAAGGUUUCUACUUGUUAACCACCACAGAAUCAAAUACAAGUUUCCUUUUUGGCUCUAGGCCUUACA